CCAAUCAGCUUUUUGUAUACUCAGCGCUGUGAAUGAAUGGACCAAUCAACGCACUGCUCUCACAUGAGCCACUACUUCAACUUCCUAGCGGGAAGCAGCUAUCGGGAACUAACCACAGGCACCCGGAAUCAAUGACACUGUAUCUUAAAAAGGAAGAUGAGAUUAUCACGAGCUGAAUAUAAAGAGAUAGCAAAAUGGACAGAGCAACUGAGACCCACCCGCCAAUGUAUGAAGAUGCUGAAGGAAAGAUUCCCAAAUCACUCGCAGUCCACUCUUCUGAGCAUCUUCUCCCUGGAGUACCAGAAAAGGACCAAAAGAACAAUAUCCAGACACCAUGCACCAGAUGUUAUUGAAAGCCACUACCAGAGGUAUCUGAGUAAGGCCAAAGCACAUCCCACGGCUCCUGUCCUGCUUGAGCUGGCCAUUGAGGUGGAUCUUUCUCCUGCACUGAUGGCUCGCAUCAUCCUGGACAGGUUCCUCCAAGACCUUGAGGGUGAAAUGCCCUCCAAACCAGUCCUCAACAGCAUGCUAAAGGAGCCAUCGCUGAUUUCAGACCAAAUUUUGGCCAAAAACAUCUACCAGUGCACAAUAAAUGACUGCUGUUAUGGACCGCUGGUAGACUGCAUCAAACACGCUAUCGGCCAAGAGCAUGAGGUGCUGCUCCGUGACAAACUGCAGGAGAGGAACCUUUCCUUUCUAGAUGAAAACCAGCUGAGAGUCAUGGGCUACGACAAAACACCUGAUAUCAUCCUGGAGGUUCCCAUAGCUGUAGAAGGACACAUGGUACACUGGAUUGAGAGCAAGGCGUCAUUUGGAGAUGAUCACAGUCACCGUACCUAUCUCAACGAACAGUUCUGGAGCUACUGGAACAGGUUUGGUCCUGGCCUUGUGAUCUACUGGUACGGUUUCAUAGAAGAGCUGGACUGCCAGAGAGACAGAGGCAUCCUGCUCAAAGACUGCUUCCCAACAGACAUUGUCACCUUGUGCCAUGCCACCCCGCAGGACCCACUGCCACAGGAGCCAGAGUAAAGACAAAGGAGUGAGAAAAUGUUUUGGAAAGAAAAAAAAGAAAGCAUCAAGUAUGGCAGGAAAGAAAGAGGAAGGCACGGAGGCGGGGAAGGGUAAGAACAAGGGUGGAUACUGAGAUCCGGAAGCAAUUUGGCUUUCCUGCAGAGUGAGACUCCUGGCAAAAAUUUGCCCUGAACUCCACCUGACCCUGUGUCUCUGACUGGUCUUCCUCCCUCUCUCUCCUUUUACUGCCUCAAAGCUACCACAUGCAAAUACACACCAGCAUUCUGUAUAUCUGACAGCAAAGGGUCAGAUUCAUACCUGUGUGCCAGAAACACACUCCUGCAGCAGGCUUUCCUGGUUGUGGUCAACUCCUGGCCCCUGGAUGGCCCCUCACAGCCAGGGCGAGAGCCGGGCCAAAGCAGGACAUUUGGGCCAUCCUUAUCACAGCCAAAGCCCUGGCCUUUGUCACUCCUUCCUCCUCCGCUCCAUCAGCAGAUAAGAGAGGUGCGGUCCACCGGCUGAGUGGACGGCUGACUCUCACCUGCGUCACUCAGUGCCCUCUCACUCGCUCUGCAGGGGGGGAAACAGGAUCAUUUCUGAUUAGGGCUGCUCUCUCUCUGACCUUUUUCACUCCAAGUUUUAAACUGAGAGUGUUCAGCUAAAUUUACUCAUGAAUUCAACACUUUCUGUCUGCUUGUUUGUACGAUUAUCUUAAUGAAAUGAAAUGUAAGUAACUGAAUAAAUGAAGCACAAAACUUCA